UCCUACCAAGUGACUACCAUAUAUAUGGUGACUACAACUAGAGAGCAAACCCCUUCGUUGAUAAGAAAGUGCGUCGUUCGAUUUAAAAAAGUCGUAUCGCAGUCUGAAGAGCGAUACGAUAACAGUGGACGCAGGAGCACGGGAGCGAAUGUGGAGGAAAUUGCUGUCUUUAUUGCCAGUGAAGAUGCCAGACUUUUGUGCAGCCUACGGAUGCUCCAAUCACCGUUGUCUCGAAACGAGAACCCGUGGGAUCACCUUUCACCUGUUUCCCAAAACCGGAGAGAGGAGGAGGAUGUGGGAGGUUGCCCUAAGAAGGGACUGUUUUGCUGCCUCUGACAGGACACUGCUCUGCAGUGAGCACUUCAGGAGAGAGGACUUUGACAGGACGGGGCAGACUGUCCGGCUUAAAGAUGGUGUUGUGCCAACCAUUUUCAACUUUCCAGCUCAUCUUCAAAGGUCGUUAGCAAAAAGAAGCGCAACCACUUCUAGUAGAGCGGAUGACUGCCUGCCAAAGGACUUGAUGCCUGAUGUUGGAGCCACUGGAGAGAGGAGAUUGGCGCAGGCCACUGACCACUUGUAUGCAUUGCCUGCUUGCCCUAAGGCUAUAAAGGCCAAACUGGAAGAAGCCUCAGCGAGAGUGAGGAAACUGCAGCGAGAGAAGAGUAAUGCCUUGAGGAGAGAAAAGAGGGCCAAGAACAGCAUGCAGGCCCUUCUGGAGGAAAGUGGUGAUUUCCAAAGAUGAAUGUGCUGACCCAGAGCUGGACAGGAUUGGCAGCGACAUUGAGGAUGGGGGGCUGGACCUCACCCUCCCAUUUCAACCCAUCACUGCCUACGUGGCCGACAAGAAGGAGAUGCUACGGCAGUGUCUCCUCGUGCUGUGGGAGAAGAAGCUGCGGAAGAUGCUGCCUGAUGAGCUCAUCUUGUGCUGAUCUUGUUUGUUCAACCUUGAAGUUACAAUCGGGAAGAUUUCGGCGCCGGUUGUUUUGAUGAUGCCGCUGGUCGGUAAUAACUGGUGCGGAUUAAUACCACACCAGACACAGAGGGAGCAGUUAUGUCAGGAGAACAACAAAAGAGGAGCUGGUGUGCUGUAUAUAUUUGUAUCAGACUUAAGUCAAGUUAAAACUGGCAUGCUGGAAUCAGUCCUUCAUGUAUACAUACACUGAUUUACUCCAGGAUGAUCGGGUCAUGUGGCAGUCAGUCAUCUGCUCCAAAACCUAUACAUCGAUCAGAUGGUUGUUGUGGACGAUCCAAUAUUCCGCCAUUAAAAAAAGUUACGGCAAUGGCCCAGUAUUUGUUUUGCCAAAGAUUUAUUUUUCCAGAGAUUAUUUAGGGCAUUCAACUGUUCAGAGCACCCACAGCAACACAUAGCAGCACCUGUUGUUACAGGGGUUUACUUUAGCCAAGAAGGUAGCAUUUGAAUUUACUUUAACUUUAUGGACUCUAUAUUCACAGCAGCGGCAGCAGGGUUGUACCCCCGGUGCACUUUAGCAUGUCUUAUUCAGACCACAGUGGACUCUCUCUGCAGGUAUAAUCAGAGCGGAGAGGCUGUACUGUAGCACUGUUUUGCAAUCCGGCCGGUUCAGCUCACCCCCACUUUGUAGUGACCCGCGCUCCUGACGAGCCGCAGUGCCUACAGACACCGGCGUGUUUAAUGGACACCUCCAGCUUUCUUUACCCGAGGCAGCCACUGUGUACACACCGCCUUGUUUUCGCACUCCUCUAACAAGCUGCUGAACUGCACCGCAGAGAAAACGGUUGCUCAAGUGAGAACAAUUGAUAUUUGAGUUGUGCUGAAUGAGGGAAGCAGGGGAGCUGCUGUGCUGUGAUCCUGAGCCAAAAGGAAAAGCGAUUUGUUCUUCGGCUGCAUUACUCAGUGUGUUCAUGCUAUUAGUUGUUUUUAAGGAGAUGAUUAAAAGCUGUUAAAUGGAAAUAUCUAUCCAAACAACCCUCUGUGUUUUCUUCUGCUACAGUCACUAAGGAUGACAUGGUUUAUUUUCAACCAUUCAAUCUUUAUAAAGCAACAUGUUCUCCGAAGUAGAGGCACUACUACCUGCUUUUUUAUUCCAGCAUACUUUGUUUGAAAUAAAAUCACUAUGCCCUUUC